AGAGGCCGUCCCCUUCUCCUGUCAGAGACGCCCGUGAAACUCCGAGGAGCGAAAAAGCCCCCGAGGAUAUGCGACGCCGCGAGGAGGUCGAUGCGACGCUGCAAGUCGCUAAACUAAACCCGGCGGAGCUGCUUCCAACGGUACAGUGCCUCAGUUUCAGUCCGCGGAUCGAUACCGGCGAUUACUGUCUUCUGCAACUGGAGCCGGAGUUGUGUCAGGAGUUGGAGGCGGGGCGAAGCCUGGUGAUCCGUGGAGAGAAAAAUGAACAUGCUGUGAUAUGUAGUAAGGAUAAGACUUACGACAUGAAAAUAGCAGAUACUUCCAAUAUGUUGCUUUUUAUUCCUUCCGGUGAAACGCCAGAGCAGCUUCGUGCAGGCAAGCCUACCACUAAUAUACUCCAUCCUGAGAUUGCAGGGUUCUCCAAUCAUUUUUGGGAACUAAAAAGAUGCCGGCCUAAAUUGAAGAAACUCAAGAAACUUCUAUUGGAAAAUCCUUAUGAAGGUCCAGAUAGUGAAAAAGAGAGAAUUGAUGCAAACUCAAAGUAUACAACAGAAGACUUCUUGGAUUUGGUCCAAGCAAGUGAGGAAGAAAUAAUGCAUCAGCUGAAGGUUCUGAAAGCAUGCCAAGUUCAAG